AUGUUAACGCAGUUCGUAUCUGAUGUAUGCGAUUGUGGGGAGGUUCACAAUUCUCUCACCGUGCUCGGGAUAUUUUGGGAUCGUCAUGAAACCAUCAGCAUCCUUACUUGCCGUCGUAGACCUGCUGCAAAUCAACUCAUUGCGAGAGGGCUCUUUCCUUGCGCUCCCUACCGCCCGUCCUUGGCGGUAUCUCUGGAGAUGCUGGAAUUUGCAACUGAGCUAUUUGCCCGCAUGGCACCAAACAACAGAGCGUUUGCAGCUGCCACUGAGGCCGUUCUUGCUGCCAAUGGAUCUACAUUCCAAAGCGAGGACUCACUUCGGCGCCGCUUUGCCAACACGCUUCUCCAUUAUCAAAUACUUGUUGAGGAGGUCCAUGCUGAGGUUCAGCGUCUGGCACGGGUCAGCCUUCCAUUGUCCAACCCAAGCGACACGCGCUCUGUUGAGAAUCACCUAAUAAAGUUGGACGAAUCAACCCCGCUCGACGCGCGUCGAUACAUUAAUGCCCAACACACAACUGCCAUACCUGAUCAACUACCUUCCAAUACAACUCCCACCACCUUGUCGGACGCAGAGUCUCUCAAAUCUCAAAGCACGAGUGAGUAUCUUCGGUCGCGCUGUCCGUUGUGCUUCGGCGGCACACACGCUAUGUCGCUGGAACUCCUCGCGCAAUGUAUUGUUUGUCUGGAUGCCAAUUUCCAGCUCAAGAGGAAAUGGCAAGGUUCCAAAGAUCCACGAUAUCUUUCACCCCGUACCAUCAUUCUUGAUCAGGCAUUUGUGGAAUACUGGCAAGCCAUUGCGGAGAAGGAACGUCAUCCUUUGCGAGGCACUCGGCAGAGACUAUCUACUCUUGGGCUUCACAAUAGGAAUACAGCUGGUGGUGCCCACCAGGCUGCACAAGAAGUGCCGGAGGAGGACAAGGUUGAACAUGGCUUGCCUGGCCCAAAUUCAAUGUACGAUGCAUGUGGCCAGUCUUUCAUUGCCGCCGAUGGCGACCGUGUUAAGGCUUCUACCCGAAUGUUUGGGGACACUGGCGUCAUGGCAAUGGUCUGUCCGCACGACAUUCCAUUGUUCCUUGUGAAUAUGUGGACUGCAGGGGAAAAGCAAUUUUAUGCCCUUGCUCUCUUAUCGGCGCUCCUGCAGCAUAUUCCAUCGUCUUGGAAAGUUGGUGUUCUAUACGAUAUUGGAUGUCAGAUGGAUCGUGCGCUCAAAAAGUGGGAUUUUGCCCCAGAAUGGCGGACCCGGCUUGUGUGGGGUGUGUCAAUAUUUCACGCGUAUGGCCAUCAGUACAGCUGUCAGCUCUGGUAUCACCCUCGGAAAAGUGUCAUCUGGGGCCUCACUGAUGGUGAAGGCUGUGAGCGAUUCUGGAGUGAGCUACGACGGUUGAUUCCUGGACUGCGUGUCACCGGUUAUCAUCGGCGUCUGUUCAUUCUUGACACCCAGGUAGCCUAUGUUGACGCACAGAAGUUUCCAUUCUUUGGAAAGUGGUUACAUGCACGCGUGCUGAAGGCCCGGGGGAAGGAGGAAGAGGCUUUGGGAAAGCUCAGUGAUUGUUCCAUUGAACAACUGAUGGUAUAUUUCACUGAGCAGCGAGCUCAUCACUCCAAACCCCAACAGCGUCAGUCAAGAACAGCUGCUCAGAAGCACAUUGACCGUAUCCUUAAUCUCACGGCCACGUUGGACCUGCAAAAAAGAAUUCAUGAGGAUUUGGGGCAACAGGGUACUGCUCUUCAGGAUCCGACUGAUUCCAUUGGUCAUGCCCUUCGUGCUGACUGGCAAGAGAAGUUCGAACAGAGUGAGCGGAAGUUGGUGCACUUGGAGGGAAAGAUUCGUAGUGAGACGGUGUCCCUUCAAUCAACGAGACCCACGGACUUCUCUGAGCUCCAAAAACUGAAGAAGGACAAAUGGACAAACGAGAUGUUGAAUCUCCGUGUCAUCAAGGACCAGCUCCUUCACAAACUACGUGCCCGGAAAGCUGAGUUGAGCGUCCUGGACCGAACCCAUGCUGCUCGGGCUUUGGACCAGAGCAUGAAAGCCCACGUCGAGAAGGCAGUAAAUAGACGUUCAAGUGGCAUUGAGUCCACGCUGUCGAAGUACAAUGAUAAGCUGAAAGAACUUGGUGCACUCCGGGCGCUUGAUCCAACCCGUCACCAUGUUUAUUUACCGCCAAUCAUCCUACGCAGCGACUUGUACAAGCUUGAUAUCGACCAGGGCAUUUGGGAAGAUUGUGAUUGGUCCCAAUUUCCUGAUGGUACUCUUCCUUGUUGGCUCACCGAUGCGAAGGUGAAGGAGCAAAUUCGUCUCGCACAGCAAUUACACAACAGCCGCCAGGAGCUCAGGAGGUGCAAGGCUGAGCAUGCCAACCUUCGCCAGUGGUUCACUCAAGAAUACCACUCAUAUGAAGCCCUCUACAAACAUACUGAGCACCGCGACAAACCCGUGGCAUUCUAUGCAUACGAGAAGCUGUUAUUUCUCCAGCAGAUUCUUGACCGAUGGUGCAGUGCAACCAAAAAUGUUCCGAUUGCUGACGAUGCUUCUGAAUGGCUGUCCCCUGCGCCCCUUCAACCGUUCCAACAUGGCCAGCUAAACAGGGAUGUCCUCAAUGACGAAGGGCUUGAGCGCAUAGAUGAUGAUGAGGAGAGCCUAGUGGCAAACAGGGACAAUAUCCUUCAUGAAAAUCUCAUAAGCGACGAUGAUUCCUCAGACCUGGAACUUGAGGUAGAUAACUAUGAUGAGUCUGACUUGUUCCUUGCCGCAGCCGAAGCAAGAACGCUAGCUGGUUACGAUGAUCCUUCCGACAGUGAUUCAGACUUAGGAAUGAACAAUGUUGUGGCAUAG